AUGGAGAUCAAGAACUGGAAAUUCAGUCGACUUGGAGUUUUAAUCCUGUUUUUGCUAUAUCGAAACUUGAUUCUCGGCUUUUCGCUUAACGAUGAAGGCAUGGCGUUGUUGAAGUUGAGAGAGAGGAUUGUGAGUGAUCCAUAUGAUGCGUUGAAGACAUGGAAAAUGGAUUUUGGAGUGAUUGAUCCCUGUUUCUGGUUUGGUGUUGAGUGCUCUCAUGAUGGCAAAGUUGUAGCUUUGAACUUGAAAGAUCUUUGCCUUGAAGGAACACUAGCACCUGAAAUCACCAACCUUUUCCACUUAAAGUCUAUUAUUUUACGCAACAACUCAUUUACUGGCAUCAUUCCCGAAAGGAUCGGAGAGUUGGAGUUGGAAGUGCUAGAUUUUGGGUACAAUAACUUCAGUGGACCACUUCCACCUGAUCUUGGCAGUAAUCUCUCCCUGUCAAUCCUUCUGCUGGACAGCAAUGAGCAACUCAGCUGCUUAUCACCUGAAAUUCAACAUCUGGAAAUGCUUUCUGAAUUGCGAGUGGACGAGAACCAGUUAUCUAAUGCAGCUAAAGUUUCAUCCUGCAACAAAAGAUCCAUUACAUGGUAUGUUACUGUUAUCAACUUGAUGAUAUUUUCUUGCAGGUUGUAUUACUCUGGUUGUCCUAGGAAUCUCGCUCGUACAGAAAAUGCAGUUCACAGACGACAGCUGCAAAGCAACCGCGUGCGUUUGACACCACCAUCUCCACAAUUUGCAACAGCAACACCAACUGUGACUUUUCCUCCUCGUCCUCCUCCUAUGACCUCCCCACCAACACCUCCAAAUGAGCCAACUGCACCACCUACAAGUGAGCCUACUGCACCACCUAUAAGUAAGCCAUUUGGAACUUCCUCUUCUCCAAAUGGAUCUACUUCACCUUUUUCAGCUCCAGCUCCUUCUGCCUCAAAUGUUCCCAGAACACCAUUUGGAUCUUCCCGAUCAAAUAAACAUCAUGUUGCAAUCAUAGCUGGAGCUAUAGGGGGCACCUUUGUUUUUCUUGUUUCAAUCAUCAGUAUAUAUAUCUGUAAAAUCAAUAAGGCUGUUGUCAAACCUUGGGCCACGGGAUUGAGUGGACAGCUUCAGAAAGCAUUUGUAACUGGUGUGCCAAAGCUUAAGAGAUCUGAGCUUGAAGCGGGUUGUGAAGAUUUUAGUAAUGUGAUUGGUUCUUCACCGAUCGGCACUCUAUACAAAGGGACAUUGUCCAGUGGAAUUGAAAUAGCUGUGCUAGCUGUGGCCUCUGUUGCAAUAACAUCUGGCAAGGAUUGGUCAAAGAACCUAGAAGUUCAGUUUAGGCAGAAGAUCGAGACAUUAUCAAAAGUGAACCACAAAAAUUUUGUUAACCUUAUCGGGUACUGUGAGGAGGAGGAGCCUUUCACAAGAAUGAUGGUAUUCGAAUAUGCUCCAAAUGGGACACUCUUCGAGCAUUUACACAUUAAAGAAUCUGAACACUUAGACUGGGGAAUGCGGCUGAGAAUCGCAAUGGGCAUGGCUUACUGCCUUGAGCAUAUGCACCAGCUGAAUCCACCAGUAGCUCACAACAACCUGAGCUCUUCAUUCAUCUCUUUAACAGAGGACUACGCAGCCAAAAUCGCAGAUUUCAAUUUCUCAAAUGACAUAGUUGCAACUGAGAUGGAACUAUCUAGCAAGAAGCUCCCAGAUAUGCCGUUGGCUUGCCUGGAAAGUAAUGUUUACAAUUUUGGUGUCUUGUUAUUUGAAAUGGUUACUGGUAGGCUUCCAUAUUCAGUGGACAAUGUCUCACUUGAAGACUGGGCAUCAGACUAUUUGAGAGGGUACCAACCCCUUAGGGAAAAGGUGGAUCCAACUCUGGACUCCUUCGAAGAGGAGAAGCUGGAGAGAAUUGGUGAACUAGUAAAAUCUUGCGUGCAUCGGGAUCCAAAACGAAGACCGACAAUGAGAGAAGUCACUGCAAGAUUAAGAGAGAUAACUACAUUAACACCAGAUGCAGCAAUCCCAAAACUUUCUCCUCUUUGGUGGGCAGAGCUUGAAAUUUUGUCCACAGAAGCUAGCUAA